CGAGAACGAGCGCAUAGGUAGCCAGCACAGGAUAGACUGACUACGCGGAGGGCAAGCCUGACGUGCAGCAGGGUCAACACGGGCUUCUCGCGACUUGUGGACCCCUUGCUACAUAGUGGAUCUGACUUGACUGUGUCAAACUUACUCUUCUGGAGCCGAUUUGAGGGCUUCGUUGCGAGACCCGGACAUUUAUUGCGCUUACGUCCACGGCGACGUGGCCUGGCAGCUGAGGGAACAUGGGAAUUCCCAAGUUUUACCGAUGGCUCUCCGAGCGGUAUCCGCUUCUGAACCAGAAGCUGACGCUGACGGAGGGCCCGCCAGAGAUGGACAACUUAUACCUCGACAUGAACGGCAUCAUUCACAACUGUACGCACGCCAACCGGAAGGACAUUGGCGGCGUGACGGAGGAGGACAUGAUGUUGAAGGUGUUCGACUAUCUGGACAAGCUUGUGCAAAUCGUCCGGCCGCAGAAGCUGCUGUUCAUGGCCAUUGAUGGUGUGGCCCCCCGCGCAAAGAUGAACCAGCAGCGAUCACGCCGUUUCAAGUCCGCUAUGGAGCGGCUCAAGAAUGAGGAGGAGCAGCGGCGCAAGGGCGAGGUGGUGCCGGACGACGCGUUCGAUUCAAACUGCAUCACGCCCGGCACCGAGUUCAUGGCACGGCUGGGCAAGCACCUGCGGUUCUUCAUCCGCCGCAAGAUGGCGGAGGACCCCCUGUGGCAGAAGCCCAACGUGGUCUUCUCAGGCCACGAGGUGCCGGGCGAGGGCGAGCACAAGAUCAUGGAGUACAUCCGCUGGGAGAAGCGGCAGCCCAGCUACCAGCCCAACCAGCGCCACUGCAUGUACGGCCUGGACGCGGACCUGAUCAUGCUGUCGCUGGUGACGCACGAGCCGCACUUCUGCUUGCUGCGUGAGGUGGUGUCCUACACGGGGCAGAACCGCGGGCAGCCGGCGCGCGAGGUGCUGGACAACCCAUGCGCCGAGAAUUUCAUCAUGUUUCAGAUCGGGCUGCUUCGCGAGUAUUUUGAACUGGAGUUUGGCUGCAUCAAGCUACCCUUCGCACUGGACCUGGAGCGCAUCGUGGACGACUACGUGCUGAUGUGCAUGCUGGUCGGCAACGAUUUCCUGCCUGCGCUUCCCACGCUGGACAUCGCGGAGGGCGCGCUGAACAAGCUGAUGGACCUGUACAAGGAGCUGCUGCCCAGCCUGGGCGGCUACCUCACCUACGCCGGCGAGCUGGAUCGCCGUCGCCUGGAGGUGCUGCUGGAGCGGCUGGGGCAGAUGGAGCUGGCCACGCUGGAGGAGCGCGCGCAGGACGCGGAGUUCAUGGAGAACAAGCGCGCGAAGCGGGCGGCGCGCAAUGGCGGCGGCGGCGGUGGCAGCGGUGCGCGCGGCACUCCGCACGGCUCCCGCAUGCAGUUGGACGAGGUGGACGCGGGCAUGCGCUCUCUGGCGCUGUCGCGGGACCCCACGCAGGGCAACCUGCUCAACACGGCGCUGGAGCCUGGAGACGAGGGCGGCGGCGCGGGGCCGGGGCCGGGCAGCGGCGCGGUCCAGUCGGGCCCCACCAUGAUGAGCCGCGAGGCGCGCGCCAUGAUGAUGUCGGGCCUGGGCGCCGAGGGCCUGCAGAUGUGGAAGGACCGCUACUACACCGAGAAGCUGCACGCGCACACGGCUGAGGAGUGGCGGCAGGUGGUGGAGCACUACAUCGCUGGCCUGCAUUGGGUGCUGGAGUACUACUACCGCGGCGUGGCGUCCUGGGACUGGUACUACCCCUACCACUAUGCACCCAUGGCCUCGGACCUGGUCAACCUGGACAGCAUACAGGUGGCGUUCGCGCAGGGCACGCCGUUCCGCCCCUUCGAGCAGCUGCUGGCGGUGCUGCCGGCCGCCAGCUGCAAGCUGCUGCCGCCCGCCUUCCGUGUGCUCAUGACGGAGCCUGAGUCGCCCAUCAUCGACUUCUACCCCGACUCCUUCGAUGUUGACAUGGAGGGCAAGCGUGCGGACUGGGAGGGCGUGGUGCUGGUGCCGUUCGUGGACGAGUCCCGGCUGCUUAAGGCGGUGAGCUCGGUCCGCAGCACGCUGCUGUCCGCGGAGGAGCAGUCGCGCAACAAGCUGGGCUCAAUCCAGAUCUUCCAGUUCAGCCGGGGCACGACGGAGCCCACCUACUGCAAGUCCACCAUGCCCAAGCUGUUCAAGGACCUGCAGACGUGUAACAGUCGCUGUCUGGAGCGGCCACCGCCGCCUCCGCUGCCGGCGGGCGGCAAGGGCUUCACUCCUCAGCUUGUGGCGGGUACAAAGAUCGGGCUCUUCACGCCGCAGGGCAUGCCCACACUCAAGUCGCUGCAGGUCCGGCCGCAGAUGCGCAACGCGGGCGUGAAUGUGCUGGGCACGCCCAGCCGCAAGGACAGCCUCAUCCUGGGGCUGAAGGACUUGCGCGAGGCGCUGGGCGGCGCCGUGCUCAGCGCGGAGCAGGUGGCCACGUCGGGGCUGCUGGGCUCGCGCGCCUACAUCAACUGGCCUUACCUGCAGGAGGCACGCGUAGUGCGCGUGUCGGACCGCGCCGGCCAGGCGUUCUACGACACCAAGGGCGCCAUUAAGGUCCAGAAGUGGCAGCAACACGAGGCGCAGCGCUGGGAGACGGACGCGGGCAUGCUGACCGCCACAUUCCUCACCAAGUUUGGCAUCGACGUGGGCCGCGUGGACCUGGUGGUGGGCGUCAAGGUGUGCCUAGGCUACGUCCGGCACAGCGACGGCACCAUCGAGAAGACGUACGCCAAGGAGGAGCAGCAGGUGCCGCUGCAGGCAGUCAUCCGGCAGCGGCCGCAGCAGGCGGCGGCGGGAGCGGCCGGCGCGGCCGCCGCCGAGGACACGCCUGCCUUCCCUGAGCUGCACGAGGGCAACCAGGUGGUGUUCCUGGGCAAGCACCACUACGGCUGCAUGGCCGUGGUGCUGUCCGACCUGGGCAAGAGCCUGAGCGUCAAGCCGGCCGGCAAGGGCAAGGGCGCGGCCGCUGCCAACGGGCACUACCGCAUCCUGGUGCAGCCCAUCACGGAGGCGGCCGGGCAGCAGGCGCUGCGCUCCGCCAAGCGCGUGGUGGAGCGCUUCGCGGUGAAGUACUACACCAGCAGCGACGUGGCGCACCGCGUGGGGAUCACGCCGCGCCUGCUGGGCCGCAUCACCGGCAACAUGUGGGGCCGCGACGGCGACGACCGCUACGACCUGGGUCUGGCCAUCAAGACCUCGUCGCGUGACGUGUGCGUGCCCGGCUUCAGCCAGCCCACCGAGGACGGCAACGGCUGGACCUACUCGGCGGCCGUCAUCACCAUCCUGCAGGAGUACCGAAAGACGUACGACUGGCUGUGGGCGUACCUCAUCAAGACGGAGAAUGAGGGCUUGGGCGACAUCCGCCUGGACCAGGUGCUGGGCGGCAUGAGCCCCACGCAGCGCAAGGACAAGGUGCGCGAGCUGACGGAGUGGAUCAAGUCCACGCCGCUGGCCAAGCGGCCACUGGUGAAGCUGGGCGUCCAGAUCCUGGCGGACGAGGGCGUCAAGGUGCUGCAGACCACAGUCACCCCUGUGCCCGCGCGCCCGCCGGCCGCCGCCGAGUACGAGAACGUGCCGCCGGCGCUGCUGCUGCCGCCGUACACGCCCGGACCCGACACCGUCAAGUUGGCGGUGCAGGGCGGCCCCUUCGAGCUGGGCGACCGCGUGGUGUGCGUCAGCAGCAAGGGCUCGCCGCCCUACGGCUUGCGCGGCACAAUUAUUGGCGUGUACGAGGAGGCGUGCGAGGUGGUCUUCGACGAGGAGUUUGGCGGCGGCUCCAACCUUGGCGGCCGCGUGAGCGGCAAGAGCGGCGCGUUCGUGCCCAAGGACCUGCUGCUGGGCGUCAACAAGGCCGCCGACAUCCACCUUCAGAAGCACGAGAUGCCGCGCCAGCAGCAGCCCGCUAAGCCCAAGGCUGAGCAGGCCGCGGGCGCUGCAGGUGGCGGCGGCGGCAAGGGCGGACAAAAGAGCACUGUGGCGUCACUGGCGUCGGGGAAAUGCGUGCCGGCGUCGGUCGCACCCUCGGCGCCGGCGGCGCCGCCUGCGCCGUCGUCCAAGCUGCUCGGCGCGGCCAUGCGUACGGCAUCCGGGCAGCUGCCGACUGUGGCAGCGCCUGCUCCACCAGACGCUGGCGCUGGUGCGGGCAAGGUGCUGCUGGAGAAGCUGACUGCCGGCUCCCGCUCCAGCUCGGCCGACAACGGGGCCGCUGCCGCCCAGGUCGCGGCUGCGGCAGCUGCUGGUGCCGCCGCCGCAGUGGCUGGUGAAAAGCCGGCUGACGCCGUGGGCUCGCUGGCGGCGCUUCAGAAGCUGGUGCCCAACGCGCGCGUCGGGCAGCCCACAGGGCUUUCUCCCACAGCCCCACCGCAGGCACAGCCUCAGCCCCAGCCGCCGCAGCCGCCCCCGCACAUGAUGGCGCCGCAGCCGCAAUAUGGCCCGCCCCCGCCGGGCAUGUACCCGCUGCCUCACCCUGGCGCUAUGAUGCCACCGCACGGCAUGAUGCCGCCGCCGGGCGCACCGUACGGACCGCAGGGCCCCUACGGACCGCCACCGCCGGGCAUGUACGGGUAUCCGCCGUACGGACCACCGCCCAUGGGAGGGCCGAUGGGGCCCGGCCCCAUGGGCCCACCGAUGGGCAUGCCCAUGCCCAUGGGGCCCGGCCCCAUGGGGCCGCCUGGCAUGAUGAUGCCGUCGCCGGGCAUGCCCUACGGCGCCAUGCCGCCGCCGGGGAUGCCCUAUGGUGCCAUGCCACCACCGCCGCCUCACAUGAUGGCACCGCCGCCGCACAUGGCGCCAGGGCCACAGUCGCCUCGCCCGCCGGCCCAGGCUCCAGCGCCGCCGGCACCGGCGCAGCAGCAGCAGCAGACGCCUCCGGCACCGCAGCAACAGCAGCAGCAGCAGACCCGCGGCAAGGGCGCUAAUGGCGGCCGCACGGCGCAGAAUGGCAACGCCGCCCAACAGCAGCAGCAGCAGCCCAAGGGCGGGAACAGGUCAGUCGGUGGCGCGCAAGCGCCCGGUGCUGGGGCGGAGCCAACGCAGCCAUCCACCGCUGCGGACACUCCCGCGCCGACGGCAGCUGCGCGGGGCACCGCCGCCCCCACACCCGCGGCCGUGGCCCAGCCUCCAGCGCCGGCGCCCAAGUCCCACCCCAUCGACUUCAACAGCCCCAUGCAGAGCUUCGACGAAGGCGAUGAGGCGGUGGCGGCCAUGGUGGCCCGCAUCAAGGCCAACGGCGCCGCACAGGCGUCACGGCCGGGCGUGGCGGCGGCUGCCCGGCAGGGCGGCUCGCACGGCGCCAGCCCCGCUCGCCAGCACGGCACCGGCAGCGGUGUCGAUGAGGACGGCAAGCCUGGCAGCAGCUUCGGCAAGAGCGCCAAGUUGCCGGAGGCUGACGGGCGCGGGUUCCGGGGGCGCGGCAAGCCCGCGCUGCCACCCGCCGGUGUCGGUGCUGCCGGCGCACCGCCGGCUCCCGGCAGCGCGGCGGACUUCGGUCGCCACUCGCUGGACGGCAUCCAGGCCGGGGCUGCCCUACUGCGGUCGCUGCAGGCGCCUGGGGCGGCCGGUGCCGGCCCGAGCAACCUGGCUCCGCCGGCAGCUGCUCCUGCGGCGGCGGCUCCCUCGGCGGCGGCGGUGGCGGCAGCGGCAGCUCCGCCCCCGCCUAACCCGGGCGCGGCGCUGCUAAUGAAGCUGCAGGUCGCUGCCGCGGCGGAUGCCGCCAGGGCACAGUCGUUCGACAGCGGCGCGGACCUGCUGAAGGAGCUGAAGCAGGGCCCCAAGGGAUAAGGCAUGUGCCGCGGCUGUCCGGCGGGUCUGUUGCGCGAUAGUUGCUGGAUUCGCCACGGUCUUUGAAUGCACAGUGCCCAGGCGUGUCCGGGUAUGCGGCGUGCAGGUUUCUGCGUGCAUCGCCGCCUCCGAUUCGGGGUUUACCGUCGUCAACUCAACUGUUGUUUUGGUAUGUGAAACUGAACCGAAAUGGCUUUGCCUAAAGUCGAUUGUGUGAACCCGUUGGGCGUUGUCAGGAUGUGACGUGCGUGUCAACUCCGUUACGUACUCAGGUUGGUUGGUUAGGUGUGUGCACACUGGUGCUGUCGCAGCAUUCAUUGGCGUACGGUAUGUGGUUUGGUUCGAUUGAUGCUCUGUGUCGCUUUCGCCGUUCACGUUUGAUGUCUCGGCGCUAUCCGGGGAGCACCAGCAGCAGGGGGUCGGCAACGUUGGCACCUGGCGAAACACUGCACCUUACAGGGAUCUGGCGGGUUUAGGCUUGGCUGGGAGCUCACUAAUGGUAGAGUCGCACGACUAAUUAAGGAUGAACAAACAGCAGCUGGGGUUGCAACUGUAACAUACAUGAUUACUGUCAGUGCGUGUGCGUGCAACAUGGUGUCUGUCUGUCUGAGCAACCUGCUGGCAUACUGGCACAACCCGCGCCCUCAUGGCCAAUGCCGUCACUGUCGGUGAAUUGCAUGCGGUUGCUUGAUGCACGCUGUUGCUGGGGUCAGCUUUGGAACGCGCCAUGGAGGAAAGGACAUACUUCAUUCGCGAUCGUCAUAACAGGCAACAUGCUGCGCUGACACGCGACUCAGUCACAGCGCUGACUCGGUCUUACAUACGCACAACUAUUGGGUGGUCCACGCCUGAAUGGACGCCACACACGGCACCUGAAACAACGUGUACCUACUCAAACACAAGCACAGUUGGCAUGGACACUACCACCAAAACGUCCAAACUCUCGCCUGCCACACAAACAAACUGCUUGCCGCCGUACUUACAGGUGGUCCUUGGCGACAUGCUCGUGCGCUAGUGCGGUUUGCUGUACGUUGGUGGGGCUUUGGCGGGCUUGGGCUUAGCUUCGACUCGCUGUGCAGUUGCCGAGACACGCUUUACGCGAAGACCUGUUGCACGGUUGUGGAAGGUCGGUAGCCAACUGGGGGGAGGGUGGUUUCCUUUCGGGCCGGAGAUGGUCCCUCUUGACCUGGGUGCACGGGCACCCUUGCUUGGUCGGAUUGUCCCUUCUUUGUAAUAUCGCAACCAU